CUGGAAAACAUUUUAACUCGGACACAAGGACGCAGAGACGGAGACUGUGAUUUCCGGUCACCUCGGAGGGCACUGGAGUGUGUGUAUUCAUUUAUAAUUGCUCACAGGAUACAUUCCAAACAUUUGCUGGAUUAAUUUUGGGUUGUGUGAGAUGAUGGCCGCCUACCUAGGCCUGGAGGAGAGCACCGGGGGCCUGAUGGACACAGCCAGCAGCGCAGAAAAAGAGCAAACCAAGAGCGACAGUACGGCGGUGAAAAGUGCAGAGAAAGCAGACGCGGCUCAGAAGCCGCCGUACUCUUAUGUGGCGCUGAUCGCCAUGGCUAUACGCGACAGCUCAGAGAAGCGACUGACACUUUCAGGUAUUUACCAGUACAUCAUCGGUAAAUUUCCUUUCUACGAGAAGAAUAAGAAAGGCUGGCAAAACAGCAUCCGACACAACCUGUCACUAAACGAGUGCUUCAUCAAGGUUCCCCGGGAAGGCGGUGGCGAGAGGAAGGGGAACUACUGGACCCUGGACCCUGCCUGUGAGGACAUGUUCGAGAAGGGAAACUAUCGACGACGGCGACGCAUGAAGAGGCCGUUCAGACCUGCACCGGCACACUUCCAACCCGGGAAAUCUCUCUUCGGUGGUGACAGUUACGGUUACCUCUCCCCGCCUAAAUAUCUACAGCCUGGGUUCAUGAACAACUCGUGGCCCCUGGCGCAGCCUCCCGCGCCCAUGCCGUACACGUCGUGCCAAAUGACGACCGGGAGCGUGAGUCCGGUGAACGUCAAAGGCUUGUCCGCGCACUCCUCGUACAACCCUUACUCUCGCAUGCAGACAAUGACACUGCCUGCCAUAGUCAAUUCAUACAACGGCGUGAGUCACCACCACCACCACACACAUCAGCACCAUCAGCAGCUCAGUCCGGCCGCGUCUCCCCCGGUUUCGACUGGAAACGGCACCGGGCUUCAGUUCGCGUGUUCGCGGCAGCCUACAGAGCUACCUAUGAUGCACUGCCCUUAUUGGGAACACGAGGGAAAACACUCCGCUCUACACACCCGGAUCGAUAUAUAGCUCUUAUCCAAGACUUAAUAUGCUUUUUUAAAUAUAUUUCUGUCAAGGGCUAAAGAUGUGGACACAAGUGCAAAUAAAACUGAAGUGGAAC